AUGGAUAAGGACAGCACAAACCUGGCUGACCAGCAGUAUGAAUGCGUGGCUGAGAUUGGGGAAGGAGCCUACGGGAAGGUGUUCAAAGCCCGAGACUUGAAGAACGGAGGCCGCUUUGUUGCGCUGAAGCGGGUGCGGGUGCAGACCAGCGAAGAGGGGAUGCCACUGUCCACCAUCCGAGAGGUGGCAGUUCUGAGGCACCUGGAGACGUUCGAGCACCCCAAUGUGGUCAGGUUGUUUGAUGUGUGCACUGUGUCACGAACAGACAGAGAGACCAAGUUAACAUUAGUAUUUGAACAUGUGGAUCAAGACUUGACUACUUACUUGGAUAAAGUUCCAGAGCCUGGAGUGCCUACUGAAACUAUAAAGGAUAUGAUGCUUCAGCUGUUUCGGGGAUUGGAUUUUUUGCAUUCACAUCGUGUGGUGCAUCGGGACCUGAAACCCCAAAAUAUCCUUGUAACCAGCAGCGGGCAGAUAAAGUUAGCUGACUUUGGCCUUGCACGAAUCUACAGUUUUCAGAUGGCUCUUACUUCAGUGGUUGUUACUUUGUGGUAUAGAGCUCCUGAAGUUUUACUUCAGUCCAGCUAUGCAACACCAGUUGAUCUUUGGAGUGUUGGCUGCAUAUUUGCAGAAAUGUUCCGUCGAAAACCACUCUUCCGUGGAAAUUCAGAUGUUGAUCAGCUAGGAAAAAUCUUUGAUAUAAUUGGGCUCCCUGAAGAAGAAGACUGGCCUAAUGACGUUGCCCUUCCACGAAAUGCUUUCACUUCCAGACCUGCACAACCUAUUGAAAAAUUUGUACCAGAUAUUGAUGAACUGGGCAAAGACUUGCUUCUUAAAUGCUUAGCGUUCAAUCCAGCCAAGAGGAUAUCUGCCUAUGUUGCUCUCUCUCACCCAUAUUUCCAUGAUUUGGAGAAAUGCAAGGAGAAUCUGGACUCUCACAUGUCAUCCAGCCAAAACUCCAGUGAGGUGAAUGCAUCAUAAUGCUGACUGAAGAUGAACCAUAAAUGAACAAGAUGUGUAGCUGACAAGGCCGCUGUCCCUUACAAGCCACAUAGCUGUUCUAGCGGAGAUAAUUAUUUGGAGGUUCUAUGCACUUAUCUUUUCUUUUGGGAUUAUGAUGUGCUUAUCCAAGGAAAUCAGUGUAGUUUACUUUCCUCAGAUCAACACAAAGGCCAGGGCUUUGACCUGCUCCCAUUGCAGCUUUAUGUUUGUUUUGUUUUUGUUUCAUUACCUACCUGGGAAAAUUCCACAUGAAGAGAAGCUGCUGACCAGUUUUGCUGCCAUUUUAUCUGUUUAUUAUUGAAUGCUGCCAGUGUGGAGUAGGCUGAUCAAGUCACUGCCAAAACAUGAUGCAAUUGCUCUCUCU